CCUCUUCACUCUCUUACUGCAAAACUUGCUUUUCCUUGUACAUAGAUACAACUCACGACGCAUGAGUUUUAUACGAAUACCCCAAUAUACGAGUCAAAUAUGAUCCGUCGAUUUCACACUUGGCUAAUGUCCUUACCGUCUCCUGUGUUGUUUAUAUUCACCCGCCCCGCUACAUCCUUGCUUCAGAACAUCAGGGAGGUGAGUACUAUCGAUCACGUGAUCUCCUUCUCGUGCAAGCUUGGCCAAAUGACCUAUAAAGGUAACCCCACUCAAGCAUUUAGAAGACGGUACUCGUCGCAGAGCUGUUACCUUUUGUACCUCGGAAGUUCCCAAUUACUAAGAAUUGGAUUUAUAAUAAGAUGGGGAUUGAUGGAGUUAUAUACAGAUAAGAGGUGACGUUGGCGGUUAUGGACGUCGUCAGGGGAGCUAAGAAUUGCGUGCGAGAUGGGGAUGUCGCACGCCCGGCACAGGGCACCAAUCACCAACCUCUCCAUAUCACAUCUGUCUCACUGUUAUUUGGAGCCUGAUACCCGCGACAUCCAAUAUCCGAAUGAUGCAACCCGCUGA